AUGUCUAGUGAUGAUGCAUCAUUCAAAUCGCCAACUCUUCCGCUUCUGCAUAUUUCUAAUGAUUCCACUGCUCCUCCAUCUCAAUCUUCGCCGAACAAGAUAGGAAUGGUGACAGAACAAAUCGAAGGACCGGUAGAAGGAGUGAUAGAUGAAGUGGAGACAGCUGAAGUGGAGGCGGAAAAAGAAGCGAAGAUCUCUAUUCAGGCACCUGCAUUGCAUUAUGAAGUACCCCCGUGGGCAUGUGAACCAGAUCCCGAACACACGUUCCAGUUGGAGGUUUUGAAAGAAGGCAAAUUGAUCGGAGCGUUUGACUUUGCAAAUCGUAAAAAUGCCACAUUCGUUGUUAUUGGACGCAUCAAACCUGGAUGCGAUCUCGUUAUGGAACAUCCAUCAAUUUCGAGAUAUCAUUGUAUUCUGCAGUACGGAGAUGAUAGAAUGUCGAAAACUGGAAAGGGGUGGCACAUUUUUGAGUUAGGAAGUACACAUGGAAGUCGAAUGAACAAGAAAAAGCUCCCACCAAAACAAUACAUCAGAACGAGAGUUGGGUUCAUUUUCCAGUUUGGUGAAAGCACUCGAAUGUACAAUCUGGUUGGACCUGAAGAAGAUUGUGAACCAGAAUGGGAUUGUUCUCCGACGGAAAUGAAAUUGAGAAAACAUAAAAAAGAAUUGGAGGCAAAGUUGAGAGCUGCUGCUGCACAAGAAAUGAUUGCAGAUGAGAAACGGGCGAAAGAAGAGGAAGAGGGAUGUGGUUGGGGAAUGGAUUACGGAGAAGAUGAGAAAGGCGUGACUACCGUUGAAACUGAUGCGCAUCUGAUGGAAGAUCGAGAAGCAUAUUACAAUCAGGAUCCUAAGAAAGCGUUGCAGAAGUUCUUCGAACGAGAAGGAUUCGAUAUGAACUUUGAAUUCAGUGAACAAGGGCAAGGACAUACUCAUAAAUGGGUUUGCACUAUUGAGUUACCAGUAGAAAUCGAUGGCGUAGAUCGUGCUUUUACUGCAUCUGCAACGGUUUCAACUUCCAAAAAAGACGCACAAGUACAGUGUGCUCUUGAAGCGUGUAAAAUCCUGGACGCUUACAAUGUUCUUCGAAAAUCCAACACAAAACUCCGAAUGCAACGUAAAACAUUAGAAGCUAACGAUUAUUAUGAUGAAGACGAUGAUUUGUAUCUUGAUCGAACUGGACAAUUGGAGAAGCAAAGAGAGAAAAGAAAACAGUGGGCGGAAGAAGGUUACGGGCAUAAACGACCAGAAAAGGAUACAUAUGAAAGUUUAUGUGCAAAAUUGGAACAGGCAAAGAAAGAGAUUGUGGAUUGUCAGAAACAUUUAGAUGCGUUGUCUGUUUUGUCAAAAAAUGCCACAUUAACAGAAAGUGGAGGCGAUGUUCUUGAUGACUAUAUUAGACAGUUACAGAAAACUGGAGGAAGUGGUGAUGAUCCGAAGACAAAAAUGGAAAAAUCGAAGUGGCGUCAGAAGUUGGUUGCAGCAACUCACGAAUCACAGAAACUCGAAAAACUGGUGAAAAUAGCGAAGCCUGCCGCUGUGAAAGGUCUUGAACAGUUGGAUGCAUCUGCGAGUAACCGAGAUGCUUUUCUGAAGAAAGUUAUGGGACUACGAGCAAGAAAAGAAGUGGAUCAGACACCAGCACAACAACCUGGUCCAUCAACUCUCCCAUUUCCAAUUACUCCAACAAAUUCAACUGCAGCUGAAACUAUUAAAGAAUCACCAGUAGAAUUGAAAAAAACCGGAGAAGUGAAAAUUUAUCAUCCAUCUGUAAAUACUGUAGAUGUGAUGCCAGAAGAUAUGGACAGUGAAGAGAAAAUGUCUGAAGGAACGAAUGAAAAGAAGGAAGUUGAUGUAAUUCCACCCAAAGAAACGAAUGAAAAGAAAGAAGUUGAUGUAAUUCCACCCAAAGAAGCAUUCGGUAGCAAAGUUCAGAAAAGAGUGGCUGAGUGGGAAGAAGAACUAGAAGCAGAGAAAGAAGAAGUUGCGAAAAAACAGAAGCUGGAAAAAGAAGCUGAGGCGAGAAGGAAAGCGCAACGUGUCCCUCGUCGGGGUGUUGAGAAGAAAGUUGGUGGAUCUGAAGAUUAUGGAGCAGGCGUCGAAGACCGAGAAGAAAAGUAUUCGACGUGGAUGCCACCAAACGCCGAGCAGUCAGCUGCCAAGCAAGACGCACUCCGUGCUAAAUUCGCUGGCAAAUAUUGA